GACUUGUUGAUACUUGUCAGUGUCAUAAAAUUACAAGUUACGAGAAAUAUUGGUGACUAAUAAAUGUUUUUUAAAGAAAAAUGUGAUUUUUGUUGUAAUAAACAAAAUUUAGAUAUUAAGUUUAAUAAUGGCAUACGUAAAUGUAAAAGACUGGUCUGUAGACCAAGUUACGGACUGGCUGAAAGGUUUAGAUAAUGUAAUUUUACAAUACAAUUCCUCGUUUUUAAAUAAUGGUGUCACUGGUCAUCAGUUACUCAAUCUGAGAGCUGACGAUUUGGAACACCUAGGAGUAAAAAUGUUAGGACAUCAAGAAAUAAUUUUAGAGGCUGUUGAACAUCUGAGAAAUUUCCAUUUUGAGUUAGACAAAGAAAAUUUACAAACUUUAGCUCUAAGAUUAUCAUGUGCUGCAAAUUCUCUAUACAAAGAACUGCUACUCUUAGAUGAUGACUGUACAGUGGUACAUACUCAAGUGAUGUCAGAUGUUCACAAUAUUAUAACUACAAUCAAACCUCUAGCUUACUGGCUUGACAGAUCACCAUUUGCUGGUGACAAAGACUAUAUUGAUAAUAAGACAAAUCUUUUGCAAUUGGGCUUUGAAAUGGCUACUAGUGCUCAUAGGGGAAUAUUUUCAGAAAAGCCUGUAUGUACAAUUAGGAAAAUAUGUGAAAAGUUAACGAAAAUAGCUGAUCAUAUAAUUCAGGAAAUAAUGGACCCUAUGAUAUUACAACCUGCUUCAUUAGAUUUAGCAACUUUAAAAAAGAAAGAACAAGAACUGGGAUUUUUUAUCUUGCCUUGCUAUCAGUCAAUCCAUCAAAUAGCUGAAAUCAAACAUGGCUCUCCUGCACAUGGGAGUAGCAAAAUUGAAGAAGGAGAUGAGAUUGUACAGGUAAACUAUCAAACUGUGGUCGGUUGGCAAAGAAAGAAAGUAAUGUUAUUGCUUCAGGAAUCGCCUCCUGAAAUCGUUCUUACAUUAAAAAAGCGACCCAGACACACCAAAGUUUACGGUCAGAUAUACAUGAAGCCAUACCGCUUGCCAAGUAGAAAAAGAAAUGGGCAAAAUUGGUCUACGAGGUGGAAUGAUAACAUCCCUUCUCCUAGAUUGCUGCCUAUAAUUAAUCUACCACCUAUAACCAUAUCGAAGAGCGACGAUGAGGCAGAAAUCGCCGACGCUGAAACCGAAUUGAGUAGUAGCGAUAGUGAACCCCCUGAUAGUCCCUUGGAUGCGAGCGUUCGUAUGUACCCCUUAAAGCCUAGGCCUAUUUUGCAAAGGCGUAAUACCAUUUCGGGAGCCACACCUACUAAUAAGAGAGCUUAUCCGUCCAUUGAACAAUACUGGGAUUUUAUCAAAUCUCGAACAAACACUUCCCAUUCGAGUUCCUACAAUAUCGACAGCUCAAAAUUUGAAGAAGAUUCGAGGUUUUUAAGAGACAAAAGCGCCUCUUGUAACGUGGGACUGGAUUGCUCGCCUAGACCUACGACCGUCAUCGGUAUAGCUCACGGCAGUACUUCGUCUCAUAGAAAAAAUUCCAAAGAAAAGUCGGUUAAGAAGAAAGUCAAUUUUCAAGAAGAGAAAAGGCUCGAGGAAAGGAGACAAGAAGAAAAAAGGAUCAAAGAAGAAAAGAAAGAAGAUAGUUGCGCGAUAAGCAAUAAAGAAGUUAAAAACGUGAAGUUAUUAGAGCCGUCGAAUUUGGAUACAGAAAAAAGUUUGAGCGUUGCUAGUUUGGCUAGUUUGAAUAAUGAAAACAUAUCUUACAUAGAUGAAGAUGAAAAAAAAGUAAAAGGUUUCUCUUUUUAUGUAUCAGGAAGAGAAUUAACAGAUCGGUCCAGUAUGACUCUAGAUUACUGGAAAAAAGAAAUCGUUGAUGAAAUAAUAGAUACAAUAAAAAAUAAACCCGUUUUUGAAGAUAUUGUAGAAAAGCCGAAAAUAGAAGAAGAAACAAACGAACAAGUAGUAGAGACAAUCAAAAAUGAAUCUGGUAUCAAAACUGCUUCGGAAACAAUCAAUAUAGAAUCAAAACAUGAAAACACUGAAACUAAAUGUAUUAACAACUUUGAAAGUAUUGACAUCAAAUCUACCUCUGAAUUAAAAUCGCUCAACUCAGCAAUAAUGAAAGAUCCAAUACUUUCCGAAAUUAACAUUCACAAUAUUAUUAGAAAAUUCGAUGAACAUAAACCGGAAACGCCAGCAAAACCGAGGGUACUACCUAGAACGCAAAUUAAAAAGUCUCCAGAAGUACCACCUAAACCAGAGGGUAAAGUAAAGCCAGCAGUACCGCCCCGAAGCGCUACAACUAAACUAAGAGGAAAAUUAGAUAAAAGCCAUAGUACCCCUGCUUAUGAUCUGUCUGAAGAACCCGAACAAACACCCAUAAUACCAGAAAUCUCAAAAGAAUUCGAGAAAAUUGAAAUUACCAAAUGCAUUAUUAAAGAGGUUAAAGAAGUGAGAGAAAUUGAAGAAAUUAGAGAAACCAAAGAAGUUAUUAGGGAGUUUGUAAGAGAAGUUAAUGUACCGUUAAACGAGUCCAUUUAUCAAUUGGGUAUACCAGUUGUAGAGGCUGUAAACUUGCCUGUAGUUUUUAAGGAUGAAAUUAUUAAAGCUGAGGAACUUGCCACUGAGGUUAAACUGUCAGAUGUCCCGCCGAAACCACCGCCACGUAACGUCGUCGACAUGCCGAAACCCGCCUACCCCGCCGAUUCUCCAAAACCCCAAAACUUAUUGGACAUGACCAAAAAUCAAAUGCCCCCGAAACCAGUUUUCGAAUUUCCCGAACCUCCGCAACACGACAUCCACAUGGAGGUAAAGAGUAUACUGGAAGAAAAGUUACCUUCUACUCCGAAACUGUUCGAACCCAAGGUUGUUUCAACGCCUGUGAGUAAAAGCAGGAUGGAUUAUGAGAGCGAUGCUAACUUUUAUAAGGCGGCCCCUAGUUAUGAGAUACAAAAGAGCGUUAGCGAUACUAAAGUUUCUCCAACUAAUUCUAUUGUUAAGGGGUUGAUUGCUAGUAAAAAGGCGGGAAGAAAAAAGAAUUCUUUGGCAGCCAAAAGAAGAAAGGUAACAGUUAAUGACCUUAGUCCAUCAGAUAUUCAAGGUUUUCUGUAUCAACGGUUGAGAGGUAAACAUGUGCACUGGGAAAGAAGAUGGUUUGUACUUUUAGGAAGUUGUUUGUAUGGAUUUAAAACGAAAGAAGAUUCCAAAGCCGCUUGUCUUAUUUUUCUCGCUGGGUUCACGGUCGCUGUGGCCAGUGAGGUUAAAUCAAGAUUGAAUUCGUUUAAAGUCUACCACACUGGUACAGUCUUUUACUUCUCGGCAGAAGAUCCUGAUGCACUCCAAUCCUGGACAGACCUAAUAAGGUCUGCGACGCUCCAUAACGAGCUUAACAAAACUCCCGACACUUCUCUCUAUUCCGAAACGGACGAAUCCGAUACCGAAAAAACGAAACAGCAAGUCGAAAAAUCUGAUUCGUUGAAGAAAUUUGGAUCUCUGAAAAAGUUCACUUCGAAAAAAUCGUCUGCUAGUGAUACGGGAACGCCUAGCGGGAGUACUAGUCUCGAUAGGAAAUGGUUUUUUAACAAGUCGAGUAGUCAUAGAAAGGAUUCGGUUCCGGUACCAACUGCACAGUUCAGGUCUUAUAGAAAAAUUCGGACAACAGACAGCCAAUCCAGCGUUACUACAGGCAAUUUUACUUCACAUGUUCAAUUAUUUGGCACUGAUAAUCUUACAAACCCACAAAAUGUUAGCGUACCGAAUUUAUCCAUGGAAAGUGUUAGGCCUGAACUAUAUAGAGAAAUUCCCAAAACCAGGCCGAAACCUCUUAAUUACAUGCACGCAAGCAAUCCUAGUCUUUGCAAUGUGAGCGACUUCAGCGUACCCAUCUUUGGUAAAACUACACUUAAACCGCCGCAUGACACUUUAUCGGGAUUUGUAACUCUCGAAGAGUUGAUGAACAGGCAAACAGAAGAAAGAAAAAUGAACCCGCAUCACAUUGUCGAAGAAGUUACGAGGAAUCUGCAACUUGUUACUCCGGACGUCGUGUACGGUGAAGUUCCAAUCCGUCUAAAAAACUACGAAAAAAAUAUCGAAGAAGCAUCGGACAUCUCUUCGAGUAGUUCAAAAACGCGUAUGUCGUCUUCCAGUGAAAAAAGUGCUAGUAGUAGUUCGUGUUUUGGCAAACGGCUCGGUUCUUUGAAGAAAAAUCACGGGAAAAAUGAAGAAUUCGAUACCAAAACCUCUACUUAUCCAAAAACUAACAAAGGAUGUGAUCAAAAGUUGAACAGGUCUCUGCCAAGGACUCACAAACUUCCAGAAAAAUACUCGAGAUAUGAAGAUCUUCCACCACAGUUAUACGACAAAGAGUAUUUAGCGGCCAAAUACAAGGAACGAUCUUACGAAAUGAUAUAUUGUCCAGAAAAAAUAAACGACGUUCAAUUUGCCACGAACAGAACUCUCGACGACACAAUGUAUAACGAUACCCCUAAAAAAAGCGGGAAAGUGAAGAAACAACACAGUUUUACUUCAUCCGAUAAAAAAACGAAAUUUACCAACAAAAUUCAAGAUUCGACGUCUUCCAAAGUAAGGCUAAAAUCAGCCAAUCAAUACACUCCAAUGUCGCUACCUUCCAGCCAAGAUCCCAAAUCGAAACCAAAGUUCGCGUUCGAACUGAACCUCGACGAAAAAUCGCAAAAGAGUGGAAAAUUGAAACAAAUGUUCGGUGGUAAAUCGGAGGGAAAGAAGGAGAAAACGUUUUUGGGAUCGCCCAAGUUGCAUAGAGCUAUUUUUAAGAAACACAGUUCCGGAUCUGAUUUGAGUUGGCCAGUAGGGACGCCUACUUCUCAGCAAAUUUCCAUGUCGCAGAGUACUUAUUCACUAGAACAUUCACCACCAGUGAUAUCUGAGCCAUUCGAGAUCAACAUAAGUCCACAUGCUGAUUAUCCAGGGUUGGAGUACCCGCCUGUAUUUGAACCUGAAACCUAUUCCUUAGCCAAUCCGCAAUCUAGCUUUAAUUUAGUAAGAAACAAACAGGGCAAAAAUACUCAAUAGUUAAGGGAAGAGUCAAUUAGAUUUAGACUGACAGAAUAUAAUUGUGAAAAUCGUAAUUAUUUCCAGUUUUUUAAUAUGUAUGUAUAAUUCCUAAUUUAUGAUUUAUAUUCCCUUAAAAAUUAAUUAUAUUGCUAAAACGGUUAAAAAAAUCCACUUCCAUAUAAAAAAAUAGUUUUAAAAAUUCCAAAAAACACCUUGUAAAAUAUUUCAUUGUUUUAUUUAUUUUGUAUUGAUUCGUUUAUAUACAUAAAUUUUUUAUAUUAAUAUAUUUUGAGAGAUAUUAUGUCGGUGCAUGAAUUGGACUGUAUUUGAUUGUGAUGAAUUGUCAGUUUUAGUUUUUAAGAAAUUGUUAGUUUUAGGAAAUAUAUUCAGUAUUAUUUUGUACAUAAUAAACUUACAAUCAAACCGUUAUUAUAAUUAAGUGCCAAAACAUUAUUGUUUUGUUAUAGUUAAAAAAUAAAGCAUUUGUUAAAAAU